UCAGCUCCGCAGUGCAAAGCUUCUUUUGACUUGUUUCUUUACAUUAUGGCUAAAUCUUUUGUGCUUUCUCUUAGUCUUUGUCUCUUUAUUUUGUUUCAUGGCUGCCUAACACUAGCAAGGCAGUACAAAUUAGAUGAAGGCUAUAUUCAGCUCCGUCGACGUCAGUUUCAAGGAGAACAACAACAGAGUGAGUGCCAGAUCAAUAAUCUUGAUGCCCUUGAACCCUCUCGUAGGAUUGAGGCUGAGGCUGGACGUCUUGAAAUUUGGGACGGCAACAAUGAACAGUUCCGAUGUGCUGGGGUCGCAGCUUAUCGUGUUACUAUUCAGCCAAAGGGUCUUUCCUUACCUGUCUACCAAAAUACACCUCAAAUCAUCUAUAUUGUCCAAGGUAGGGGAGUUCUAGGAUUAUCAAUCCCUGGCUGCCCUGAAACAUUCCAAUCAUCAUUUGAACAAUAUCAGCAAUCUGAGGAAGGUGAAGAAGAUGAUGAAGCCUACAGUAGUAGUCAAGGAUCAAAGGAUCAAGGUGGUAAAAGUCAACAAUCGAAGGACCCAAGUAGUAGAAGCCAAGAAUCCGAGGAUCAACACAGUAGACACCAAGGUAGCAAAAGUCAACAAUCAAAGGAUCAGAGCAGUAGAAGUCAAAGAUCUGAGGAUGAGGAUCCGGAUCAACAGAGCGGACGCCAAGGUAGCAAAAGUCAACAAUCAGAGGAUCAAAGCAGCAGAAGCCAAAGAAGCAAAAGCCAACAGUCGGAGGAUCAAAGCAGUAGAAGCCAGCAAAGAUCCCAUGAUCAACACAGCAGAAGCCAAAGAUCCCAGGAUCAACACAGUAGAAGCCAAAGAAGCAAAAGCCAACAGUCGGAGGAUCAAAGCAGUAGAAGCCAGCAAAGAUCCCAUGAUCAACACAGCAGAAGCCAAAGAUCUGGGGAUUUUUACCAAAAGUUGAGAUUCUUCAAGGAGAAAGAUAUCCUUUUUGUGCCACAAGGAGUUGCCUAUUGGGCCUAUAAUGAUGGUGAUACACCAACUGUUGCAAUUUCCAUCAUCGACAUCAGGAACGAUUUCAACCAGCUUGAUGAUGAAGUGAGAAAUUUCUGGCUUGCUGGUAAUGUACAAGACCAAGACCAAGACCAAGACCAAGAGGAACAACAACAACAACAACAGAAACAGAAACAGAAACAAAGAAGAUCAUCGUCAUCUAGGAGUGAGAAAGUUGGACAACAAAGCUCUAGCAGCGUAUUUAGUGGCUUUGAUACUGAGAUAUUAGCUCAAGCAUUUGGUGUGACAAAGAAAACAGUGAGAAAGCUACAAGGCGAAAAUGACCAACGGGGACCUAUCAUUCAAGUUGAAAGAGAACUUCGGGUGAUAAGAUCAAUAUUGAGUGAUGAAGAGGAUGAAAGACAACAAGAAAAGAAUACAAAUGGCUUAGAGGAGGGUCUUUGCAACAUGAGGCUCACACAUAAUAUUGGAAAAGCCACGAGUUCUGACGUAUACACACCAUUUGGAGGACGUGUUGCCACCCUCAAUAGCCAAAGCCUCCCUAUUCUUGGCUACUAUCAACUUAGUGCUGAGAGAGGCCAUCUCUACAAGAAUGCUCUUUUGUCUCCUCAUUGGAAUAUAAACGCACACAGUGUGAUGUACGUGAUUAGGGGUGAAGCUCGGGUUCAAAUCGUUGGAAACUCUGGUCAGACUGUCUUUGAUGGGCAACUCUGUGAGGGCCAAUUGGUCAUUGUUCCACAAAACUUCGUUGUGGUGAAGCAGGCAGGGGAUAAUGGGUUUGAAUGGGUUUCAGUUAAGACUAGUGACAAUGCAAUGACUAGUCCACUUGUUGGAAGAACUUCAGCAAUUAGGGCCAUGCCAGAAGAGGUCCUUAUGCACUCCUACCAGAUUUCCAGAGAGGAAGCAAGGAAGUUGAAGUACAACAGAGAGGAAAUGUCUAUCUUGUCUCCAAAUUUUGAGUCGAUCGAUGGAAAGUUUUCUAUGAUAUAAAAUGAUAUAUAGGACAUGAAGGCAAAUUAGGUUAAGAAUUAAUAAUGGAGCUUUACAUCAAAAAUCUUCAACUUUGUAUUAAGAUAAGAGUUAUGUAACUUUGCCUUCACGGCACGGGGUACCCCGUAAUAAAUAAAAGUACAAAUUUUCUCACA